AUGUUAUUGGGAGGGGAUCAGCAGGAGGCUGCGCAGGAGGAGGCUGAGCAGGAGGAGGCUGUGCAGGAGGAGGCUGCGCAGGAGGACGCUGCGCAGGAGGAGGCUGCGCAGGAGGAGGCUGCGCAGGAGGAGGCUGCGCAGGAGGAGGCUGCGCAGGAGGAGGCUGCGCAGGAGGAGGCUGCGCAGGAGGAGGCUGCGCAGGAGGAGGCUGAGCAGGAGGAGGCUGUGCAGGAGGAGGCUGCGCAGGAGGAGGCUGCGCAGGAGGAGGCUGCGCAGGAGGAGGCUGCGCACGAGGAGGCUGCGCAGGAGGAGGCUGCGCAGGAGGAGGCUGCGCAGGAGGAGGCUGCGCAGGAGGAGGCUGAGCAGGAGGAGGCUGUGCAGGAGGAGGCUGCGCAGGAGGAGGCUGCGCAGGAGGAGGCUGCGCAGGAGGAGGCUGCGCACGAGGAGGCUGCGCAGGAGGAGGCUGCGCAGGAGGAGGCUGCGCAGGAGGAGGCUGCGCAGGAGGAGGCUGUGCAGGAGGAGGCUGUCGGACUGUAG